AUGCCGUUCCUUCCUUCCUUCCUUCCUUCCUUCCUUCCUUCCUUCCUUCCUUCCUUUAUUGCCCUAUUCUUCUUCUUCGGUUCAUUCCCCCCCCCAUUUCCCUUUCUUCAUUCUAAUAUCUCCUUCCUUCCUCCCAACAUCCCUCCCUUCCUCCCUUCUCUGUUCCUGUUUCUUUCUUAUUCAUUUUGUAUUUGUUAUUUUCUUUUUACCUCCACUCCAUUUUUCUUUCUUUCUUUUUUGCCACAUUUCAUUUUUGUCUCUUUUUCUUUCAUUCCCCCGAGUUCUUGCUUCCUAUUUUCGCAUAUUUUCCUACCUUUCGUUCUCCAUUUUCUUCUUUUCUUUUUAAUACUUCAAACGUUUUGUUUCCUUUUUUUUCCACUUCUCUUCAUUUUUUUUUUUUCUGAAUCGUAUUUCAUUCCUGCGUCUCUUUCAUGUAUAAACAAUUAUUUUUUCCAUUCUUAUAUUCCCGGCCAUUAUUUUUCAAUUUCUCUUUCUCCUUUCUUUCCUUCUUUUCGUCUUCGUAUUUCUUUCUUAUCAUUUUACGAUUUAUCUCAUAUUUCUUUCUUGAUGUUUUCUUUCUCUUCCCCCCCCGCUUUAUUCUUGUUUUAUUUCUUUCCUGAGUUCUUCCUUCUUUCUAUUUUUGUUUCCUUUUCUAUAUUUUAUGCCCACUCGAUUCUUCUACCAAUCGUUCUUUCUUUCUUUCUUUCUUUCUUUCUUUCUUUCGUUCGUUCUUUCUUUUUUCGUUCUUUCUUUCUUUUUCUACCCCCUCUUAACACGCCUCUUUCAUUUUUUGCUUCUGUUGUAUUCUUUUAUUCCUUCAUUUUAUAUAUACUGAAAUGUUGUCGCAUCCAUAUGUCUAUCUAUCUAUCUAUCUAUCUAUCUAUCUAUCUAUCUAUCUAUCUGACCGCCUGUCUGUCUAUCUAUCUAUCUAUCUAUCUGUUUGACUGUCUGUUUAUCUUUCUGUGCCUUGUUGCCUGUCGAUCUGCCUGCCUGCGUAUCUAUCUAUCUAUCUAUCUAUCUAUCUAUCUAUCUAUCUAUCUAUCUAUCUAUCUAUCUAUCUGA